CAGGGCGGCGUGUUUUUGGCUGGGGCGUCUUUGGGGCAGCAGCGCGACGCGAGGCUCUCGUCUCUUCUCUUCCCAAGUACAUGCGGUGGCCAAAAUGAGAGACCGACUCUUUGAAUUUUUUGAGUUAGCGAGGCUUUACAGCCAACAUACUCACGAUGAAGAAAAUCAACCUCUCUUACCUCACAACAUUCUGCUGUUUGAAACAGAUUAUGCCUUGGCAAGUCUUUUCAAAGAUAUCCAGGCAAUCCGAACGAGCAAUCUCCACCUGAAAGAGGACAUUAGACGCCUGGGCAAACAAAACACUCGCUUCCUCACCUCUAUGCGCCGCUUCAGUAGCAUAAAACGUGACACAAACACGAUUGCGAAAGACAUCAAGGCUCGUGGAGAAGAAAUCCACAGGAAGCUUCAGGUUUUGAGAGACUUCAGUGAAGAUGCAGAAACAAAAUAUGGCUCAAACACAAUCAUAGCCCGCGUGGCAAAGGACCACUAUGUUGAUCUCAUGCAUUCUUUUCAGGAGGCCAUGUUUAAAUACAAUGAGACAGAGAUGAACCAGCGGGACAACUGCAAGAUUAGGAUCCAACGGCAGCUGGAGAUCAUGGGCAAGGAAGUGUCUGGGAGCCAGAUAGAGGACAUCAUUGAACAAGGCAGGUGGGAUGUUUUCUCUGAGAACCUUCUGUCUGACGCCAAGGGAGCUCGUUCAGCCUUGAAUGAGAUAGAGACCCGGCACAAAGAGCUGAUGAAGCUGGAGUCCCGAAUCAAGGAAGUUCAUGAACUCUUCUUGCAGGUAGCCCUGCUGGUAGAAGAACAGGCGGACACCUUCGAUAUUAUUGAGCUCAACGUGCAUAAUGUUGAAGAAUAUGUUGGAGAAGCUAAAGGUGAAGUGAGGAGAGCUCUUGAAUACCGAAGGAAGCAUCCUUGCCGAACAAUCCUCUGCUGCUGCUUGCGAUGCUGCAAAAUUUGAUUGUCCUCAUGAAAUUACUAGAUGAGUGUUUUGGGGACACUCUCAGAUUAGAAGACACUUAAAGUUUGUGCUCAGUUUGAGAGAAAUUGCUCUAUAGCAGUGUCCUUUUGUUUUCUUAUGUUCAUUAAUGACUCCGGUGCACGUAUUGCAGCUUGUACCAAAAGCCAAAGGAUAUUGGCGAGUUGUCAUGUAUUCCAAUAUAACAGAAGGUAAAAUUAACCUUGUCUGCAACAUUGCUGCAAAAUUACACAUGCACCAGAACAUAUUCAAAGCAAAGGAAAUGUUGACCAGAUGUAUAAUGAAUUGCUCCUAAAUGAAUGCUUUCGGUGCAAUUUAAACAACAACAACCUGCAUAGACUUUAAAGCAGGCUUCCUCAACCUCAGCCCUCCAGAUGUUUUGAGACUACAAUUCCCAUCAUCCCUGACCACUUGUCCUCCUAGCUAGGGAUCAUGGGAGUUGUAGGCCAAAAACAUCUGGAGGGCCGAGGAUGAGGAAGCCUGCUUUAAAGUAAUCAGUGUUGUGGCCAGUUCUUUCCUGGAUGAAAGAAAAAGGGACAAAAUUACAGGUGUGAUUAUCAGUAAUGUUGUUUAGAAAACUAGCAUGUGCACAUGAUCUGAGAGUUUUGAUACAAGAUUUGUUGUAAUUGUACAUGCCAUAUACUUAUUUUUUAUAUAUAUGUUCUGAUAUUUCUGUAUAUUAAAAUAAAUGUAAAAGCCUUAGCUAUAUUUUUGUUAGUGUAUAAAGAAAGAUCUUGAAUUGCUGUCUGUCCAAUAUUUUUAUUUAUCUUGAUGGCAUUUGUGGGAGCAGGGAAACAUGGAAGUAGCCAGAACCAGGCAAAGGCAUUUUCCUACCUCAGGUGGAGCAGCAAAUGGUAUAUCUACCCCCCAGGUCCAGAGCAACCAAGGCUGCUUGUUACUUGACCCCUGACACAGAAAAUCCUACAGUGUCUGUUCCCUCCCUCACAGUGAAAAUACAAGAAUAAUAAAUUAAAUUAUACAAAAUUGGCUGCCCUUUUAUGAUACCCAGAAUCAGCUGCCUAAGGCAGAGUGAUAGUAGUUACAUUUGCCAGAGGGUAGAAGAAAGACCAGGCAGGACACAGUCUGAGGUCACCUCACCAUACAUUAAAAGCACAAUGAGUGUAGUUUGUUCAGGGUGCUGAUCUCAGAGUGCAACAUUCCCCAGGAUUCUCCAUGACGUGCAAUAAUGGUACUUUAAUUGUAUGGUGUGGACAUGGCUUGAGAAAAAGUUUGCUAUGGAAAUGGUGCUGCUUAUGUGCACAGAAGUUUUUUGCAUCAUCCACAUGGCGGCCGCACCGCUGUCUUCAUUUUUCUUCUUUUAGUGCAGGUUUACCCAUUUACACAGUUAAUGAACAUACUUUUUUAAAAAAUCUACUGUAAAUAGCAGCUAUAGUAAAGCCUGGGCAGAAUCAGUAUUGCAGGGGCUGGGGAGGGAAAGCUUAACUCUCCCUCCACCACUGUGGUCCUGAUGAAAAUACUCCCUCCCUACCCAUGCUGGUUUUUUUGCAGUGGGAGGGAAGACUCAAGCGGUACUAGCAGAGGCUUCCUCCCUGAUGCAAAUAGCAGCUAAGGGGGGUUAUAUUUGUCAGAAGCACAGCAUGUGUGGGUGGGAGGAUUAUAAUUUCAUUCCCACUCUCUGCCAUACU